AAAAUUAAAAAUAUAUCAAUCUUUCUAGUUGUUUUGGCUUUUUGCAUGAUUCAGAAUAUGGAGCAUGUCAUCUCCAUUAAAGGGAAACAGACGACGUUGACAUUCAGAAACAGCCUUUCACACAACAAAUGGCUCAAGGUUCGCUGCAACUCUGGAGACAAAGAGGUUCGUGAAAAAUACAUGCCACCUAACGGCGAAGAUUUUAGCUUUAGUUUCCACGAUGAUGUUGUCGGACACAAACUUAUCUGGUGCACGUUGUCCAAAGGAGCUGAUUAUAAGGUACAUAAGAAGUUCGAUGCCUAUGUUCAAGACAAUAGAAAGCCUCACGGAACCUUCUAUAAUUACGUUGCUCAAGACGAUGGGAUCUAUCACAGUACUAUGCUAACACGUAUCCAUAAGAUGUACAAUUGGAACUAAUUAAGGAUCGAUGCUAUAUUAAAAAUCUCCUAUAUGUUAUCCAAUCUUUCAAAAAGCUUAUUCUUCAAAUCACUGAUUUGAUCAUAC